GAGUCCCCGGAGGGAGGAGGGGCCUCAGACUGGCGCAGGGCUAUCGGAGAGAAGCACGCUCCGACGCUCCCAGUUAAUCACAAUCUUCUGACUUUCAUCAAAGCUGUCGGUGUCGGUGAGCAGCUGCAGACAGCGUUAGAGAAGAUGGGGAACCGAGUGGGCCGUGAGGACUACGAGUGGGUCUACACGGACCAGCCGCACGCGGACAGAAGAAAAGAAAUUCUGGCUAAAUAUCCAGAAAUCAAGUCCUUGAUGGGCCCAGACCAGAGGCUGAAGUGGAUUGUGUGCAUGAUGGUGGGGAUCCAGUUCUUAGCGUUCUACCUGGUCAAAGACUUGGACUGGAAGUGGGUUCUGUUUUGGACGUACGCGUUCGGCAGCUGCAUCAACCACUCCAUGACCCUGGCCAUUCACGAGAUCUCUCACAACACUGCCUUCGGGAACAACAAAGCCAUGUGGAACCGCUAUUUCGCCAUGUUCGCCAACCUGCCCAUCGGCUUGCCGUACUCGGCCUCCUUCAAGCGCUACCACCUGGACCACCAUCGCUACCUGGGCGGCGACGGCAUCGAUGUGGACAUUCCCACCGACUUCGAAGGCUGGUUCUUCUGCACCCGCCUCCGCAAGUUCGUCUGGAUCAUCCUGCAGCCGCUGUUCUACGCCGUGCGGCCGCUCUGCAUCAACCCCAAACCGGUCAGCCAGCUGGAGCUGACCAAUGUGGCCGUGCAGCUCUGCUUCGACGUCCUGCUGUACUGGACGUGGGGGGCCAAGCCCGUGGUCUACAUGCUGGCCGGCUCCAUGCUGGGGAUGGGCUUGCACCCCAUCUCUGGCCACUUCAUCGCUGAGCACUACAUGUUCCUCAAGGGCCAUGAAACAUACUCAUACUACGGCUGCCUCAACCUCCUCACAUUCAACGUGGGCUACCACAACGAGCACCACGACUUCCCCAGCAUCCCAGGGCGAAGACUUCCUUUGGUGAAGAGGAUAGCUCCAGAGUACUACGACGACCUGCCGCAGUACACGUCCUGGGUGAGGGUCCUGUACGACUUCAUCACGGACGACACGCUGAGCCCGUACUCCCGGAUCAAGAGGAAGCUAAAGGGAGAGGUCAAACAGGAGUGACCGAAGCUGCAGGAUCCACAUGACCGAGGCCUUCUCACAUUUCUCCACCGCUUCCUGCUUCCAUUCAGCUCAGUCCAACACAGGCAGAUUUACUUCUGUGUUUUUGCACAAAAAGGCCUUGAGUUGAGGAUAAAAAGAUGUUACUGAGAUUUUUACUUAUAAUUAUAUUUCUGUUACACUUCAAGCCCAUCAGACGUUUUUGGAGUUGGGGUUGUGUUGAGUACUUAUAAAUCAUUAGUAUCUGAGCUGGUCAGUGUUUUCUUUUGUUGUUGUUUUUUUGUUCUGAUUAACUUAGAGAUUAAAUGGUUGCCAUAGUAACAUUGUAUGUUAAAAUAAAAUGACUUCUGUUUUUGUAAGCUCGGUUUUGAAGCUUUCCUGUCGGUUUCAUUUCUGAUUCGUCGUAACAGCUUUGCUGCAGUUAUAUUGGCUCUAAUAGGGCAGCUGCAGUGGAAUAAUAUGAGGACCAAUGGUUGCUAUGGUGAUUUCCGUAGUACAUACAAAGUAUGGGGCGGAGGUUUAUAGAGUUUAUGUAUGUGCAGUGUUAGUUUUGAAUCUGAUGUGAGUCAGUAAGGUGGAUUAAACUGCAAAUCUUAAACUACAUUUGUAAAAAAACUAAAAACUAAAACGUAAAGCAGAUGUGUUGAGCUAAAGUCCAACCAUGUGUGAGCUGGUUUAAACUUUAAACUUUGCGACGCGUCUCUACAAAUUGGCCGACCUUUUGACCUCCUGGCUUUUCUUUCUGGGUUCUCUGAUAUGCCGGCGCUCAAUAUUUCCAUCCCAGCAGAACUUUUUUCUCUGUGUUUUUUUUCCUUCUCUCUUUUUUUUUUCUGGGAUUCUGCCAGAAUCGGACGGAGCUUAGCACCGCCUGGCUAGUGGCCCUCGGGCGUAGCUGCAGCUGUGUGCAGCAGCAACAUGGACACGUUUCAUUUUAGUCAAUCAGUGAGUGAAAACUCUUUGUGUUUCUGUGUCGGUCUGUUUCACACAACCCCACCUCUGAAAGUCACCAGUGGCCUGGUGGAAGUUAAAAAAAGAAAAUUUAAAUGAAAGUCAAUUAUUAGACAGUUUGAACGGAUUCAGCUGUAUUGUGCUGAAGUUGAUCGUAAAUAUUCUCAGUAAUGUUGCAGAUGGAGGCUUCUCAUGCCGAAAAUCUGAAUCUGUCCGCCAUCUUGGUUUUACCGCUCAGAUUAACUAACCCACGCUAACCUUUGCCACAAACACUCUCAAGGCCUCAAUGAUGCAACUGUCCACGCUUAUUUAACAAAGGUCAAUGUGUCUCCAUGACAACGCAAGUAUUUAUGGAGCUACCCAUGCACUAAAGUUCCUGAAAGUUGGCACGCGCUACAGGGGUUGUGGAUGUUCCAGUGAUAACGGAGUGGAGCUUUCAGAACUCUGACUUGUCUCAUGUCUAGAGAUGCUGACAGGCGAUAGCUGCAUCUCUGCUGGAAGACCCUCACUGCCCAGUCUGCUGCUGCUGCAGGGUGCAGCCUGACCUUCAGAUGUCCUCCACCCUGAACUGCUACAUUCUAAGUCAUGGAUGUGAAGCACAGAGCAUCGUCAUGGGUAGGAUCUGUGCAAAUGAACUGAGGCUGCUACAAUAUGCUGCUGUCAGAGAUUUCUACCCGUUUCCAGAGUGCAGCUUCUUUCUCCCAAUAUUCAUCACCAGAAAAGUUUACCACCUCGUUCUAAUCCUCCUCCUGAAAUUAAAGCUGCUCCUGCCUCAUUCUGUGCUUUCUGUUCAAAGCAAGCUGUGACUCAGCGAACAUGAAGUCUGAUCUUAUUGCCAUCGGUGCUCUGCUUGCUCAGUUUAUUGAUUUCAUGUUCAGUAUUGUGAUUUUUAACUCAAGGCAAUAAAAACUUAUUUACUGAUUUUCAUA